GUCCCAAAGGGGCGGGGUCCCGGGGUGUUUGAAAGGCGAGGACCUGGCGCGACCCACCCAGUCCCGCGCUCCGCUCUGCUCCCGCUCCGCCACCCGCCCCGGACCCGGCGCCACCAUGCCCAAGUGCCCCAAGUGCAACAAGGAGGUGUACUUUGCUGAGCGGGUGACCUCCCUGGGGAAGGACUGGCAUCGCCCUUGCCUGAAGUGUGAGAAAUGUGGAAAGACGCUGACCUCGGGGGGUCACGCCGAGCAUGAAGGCAAGCCCUAUUGCAACCACCCCUGCUACGCGGCCACGUUCGGCCCCAAAGGCUUCGGGCGCGGUGGGGCAGAGAGCCACACUUUCAAGUAAACCCAGGUUUUGGAGACCCCAUCCCUGGCUGCCCGCCGGCCACUGCCCCUCUAGGCCGAUGGCAGGCCCUCCCCACAGGCACAUGGGGCUCCCCUGUAGACCCUCAAGCCCUCAAUAAACCCGGACACUUGGAAGACCUA